ACGGACACGCCGGCGUCAUCUUGCGGCGCGUCACGUGCGGCGUCGGCAGCCAUGGCGGGAAGCGAGCCGCGCAGCGGAGGCGUCACUCCUCAGCCUCACCACAGCGACUGGGGCCGCCUGGAGGCUGCCAUCCUCAGCGGCUGGAGGAACUUCUGGCAGUCGGUGGGCAAGGAGAGGGCGGCUCCGAGGUCCUCCCCGGAGGAGGCGGACGAGAAGGCCAGCUCGCUAACGCGGCUGCCGAUUGAUGUACAGCUAUAUAUUUUGUCAUUUCUUUCACCUCAUGAUCUAUGUCAUUUGGGAAGUACAAGUCAUUAUUGGAAUGAAACUGUACGAGAUGCAAUUCUGUGGAGAUAUUUUCUGUUGCGGGAUCUUCCUUCUUGGUCUUCUGUUGACUGGAAGUCUCUUCCAGAUCUAGAAAUCUUAAAAAAGCCUAUAUCUGAGGUCACUGAUGGUGCAUUUUUUGACUACAUGGCAGUCUAUAAAAUGUGCUGUCCAUAUACAAGAAGAGCCUCAAAAUCUAGCCGUCCUAUGUAUGGAGCUGUCACCUCAUUUUUACACUCAUUGAUCAUUCAGAAUGAACCACGAUUUGCCAUGUUUGGACCAGGUUUGGAAGAACUAAAUACAUCUUUGGUGUUGAGCUUGAUGUCUUCCGAGGAGCUUUGCCCAACAGCUGGUUUGCCUCAGAGGCAGAUUGAUGGUAUUGGAUCAGGAGUCAGUUUUCAGUUGAGCAACCAACAUAAAUUCAACAUCCUAAUAUUAUAUUCAACUACAAGAAAGGAAAGAGAUAGAGCAAGAGAAGAACAUACAAGUGCAGUUAACAAGAUGUUCAGUAUACAGAAUGAAGGGGAUGAUCAACAGGGAAGCCGGUACAGUGUAAUUCCACAAAUUCAGAAGGUGUGUGAAGUUGUUGAUGGGUUCAUCUAUGUUGCAAAUGCUGAAGCUCAUAAAAGUCCAGGAUACAGAGGCUGAAACUUUAACUGGUUUUUUGAAUGGCAUUCAGUGGAUUCUUGAAGAAGUAGAAUCUAAGCAUGCAAGAUGAUCCUCCUUUCAGACCUUGGGAACUGAAAACAUUUGGAACUUGUUACUAAGGUCGUGAUGUGGAUAUUUGCUCAAGUCAGCUUAUUCUGCCCUGCCUUUUUGCAGGUAGGGUUUAUAUUGGACAGCUGUAGCUACUCUAUUUUUAAAUAUAAUUUUUAUUUUUUACCUUAAUUACAAGAAAAAAGUUUCAGUGCCAGCAUUUGGCCCCAAAAUGAACCUUUUAAUAUUUUAAAAUAACAUAUAUACAUAUAUAUAUAUUUUUUAAUAUUAAAUUCUGGAAAAACAAGUUUAUGCCUCUUUCAUUCUUUGUGGUUUCUCUUCUUUUUGUUUCAAAGAUUGCUAUAGUGGGGAAUAGCAAAUUUACUAAGCUUUCAAUAGGUUCUUUUCAAAGGUCCUUAACUGGUUAUCAAAAAAUAAGUUUCUAUCUGUUUUUAAUAAAUGUACUAUUUAAAACUGAAUAUUCACUGGAAUUUCAUUUACUAUUAUGGCCAUACAACUUCUGUUUCUUUUCUGAAACAGGAAUUAACUUUGUAUCAUAUUCAAUACUAAUUCAGUGAAAGUAACUGGAAAUUCUUGCUCUUUUCAAAUAACUUUGAAAGCUCAUGAGGUGCUAAAGCCAAAUUUUAUUCCUUACUCAGAGAAAAUAUUCCAGAGACGCUCAUGAUCAUAUGACCUCCUAUUCACUAAUUGCUUGCACUUUGCAGAGGAAACAUUACAGUCCUCCUAUCCCAUUGGAAUUGAAGAAUUUUUAAAUUAUAAUUUAAAAAGCAUAAUAUUCUUAGUGGUGCUGCACCCAAGAUACAGCCUCCAUCCUGCGAGCAGGUGCCGUUUCAAAGAAAGGAGCUGUCACAUCUUGGGUGCACUUAUCCAGAACUUAGCUUCAGCACUUGUAUAGUUGGGGGCAGAGUGAGAAAUGCUGACAUCCUGCUCCUCCUAGGAAGGUUGCCCUCUGACUUGGAGAGAGAGUGCUGUUUCCUCGGCUGCCCCAGUCUAGAAUGGAGUUUCUUCUUUCUGAGCUGGAGGAGGGAAGGAGGGGAGUGGGUCUUGGUUCAAAUCCCACAGACUCUUACUGUUCUUACUGAGUUUUAGUAUAUAUAUAUAUUUGAAUAAAUGUUUCUUCAUUUGCUGUAUGCUCU